GGCAAACUACUUCCUGUAGUAGUUGCUUUUUUUGCGCCAAAAGUGUUUGAACGGCGCAUGAGCGCGUGCAGGCGGUCUGAGAGCCUCUGUUCUGUAUCCGAGCACAUGGGAGAAGAUUGUUCACGGCGACGGAAUUUCACCUCGGUUUCCAAAAGAAGCGAAGCAUGGCUUCUGGUCGUAGCGUGGCCGGUGUGAACGGACGCGGGGACGGCUCCCUGAACGGCGAGCCGGCCGUUAAACGGCCGAGAGAAGCGGUGCAGCUGGACGCUUCGCUCCGCAACCACAAAGAGCCCCAGAACAAGGUGACGGUUGUUCUCGGGGCUCAGUGGGGCGACGAGGGCAAAGGAAAAGUCGUGGACGUCCUCGCCAUGGACGCUGACAUCGUGUGCAGGUGCCAGGGAGGCAACAAUGCGGGUCACACAGUGGUGGUGGACUCAGUGGAGUACGACUUCCACCUGCUGCCCAGCGGGGUGCUCAACAAGAAGGCCGUCUCCUUCAUCGGCAACGGAGUGGUGAUCCACCUUCCGGGUCUGUUUGACGAGGCUGAGAAGAACCUGCGUAAAGGCAAAGGAUUACAAGGAUGGGAGGAGAGGUUAAAGAUUUCAGACCGCGCUCACAUUGUGUUCAACUUCCACCAAGCUGCCGACGGCAUCCAGGAGCAGCAGCGGCAGCAGCAAGAAGGGAAGAAUUUAGGAACAACUAAAAAGGGAAUCGGUCCGGCCUACUCCUCCAAGGCUGCGCGGAACGGUCUGCGAGUCUGCGACCUUGUCUCAGAUUUCAAGGUUUUUGAGGACAAGUUCCAGAAGCUGGCCGAGCAUUUCCAGACCAUGUACCCAAACCUCAACGUGGACAUCGAGGGCGAACUGGAGCAGCUGAAGGGCUUUGCAGAGAGGCUCCGUCCUCUGGUGACUGACGGCGUGUACUUCAUGCACAAAGCUCUCACUGGACCUAGUAAGAAAAUCCUGGUGGAGGGAGCCAACGCGGCUCUGCUGGACAUCGACUUCGGAACCUACCCGUUUGUGACCUCUUCCAACUGCACGGUGGGAGGCGUGUGCACCGGGCUGGGCGUGCCGCCGUCCUACGUGGGCCGGGUCUACGGCGUGGUCAAAGCCUACACCACCCGGGUGGGCGUGGGCGCCUUCCCGACAGAGCAGGACAACGAAGUCGGUGAGCUUUUACAGUCCAGAGGGAGGGAGUUCGGCGUGACGACGGGCCGAAAGCGGCGCUGUGGCUGGCUGGACCUGAUCCUGGUCAGAUACGCCCACAUGGUCAACGGGUUCUCAGCGAUCGCCCUCACGAAGCUCGACAUUUUGGACACGCUACCGGAGAUCAAAGUGGGCGUGGCCUACAAGGUUGACGGUGAACCUCUGCCAAGUUUCCCAGCCAACAUGGACGUGUUGACGCGGGUGGUGGUGGAUUACGAGACGCUGCCCGGCUGGUGCUGCAGCACCGAGGCGGCGCGGAGCUUCCAGGACCUCCCCCCACAGGCGCAGGCCUACAUCCGCUUCAUCGAGGACUUCCUGCAAGUGCCAGUGAAGUGGGUCGGGGUCGGCAAGUCCAGAGAGAGCAUGAUCAAGCUGUUCUGAUCCGGCCAACAGCUCACGGAAACGCACAAACUGUCUAGAAGGAGAAGCCUCACCAACAAUACUUCACGUUUAACCCACGGCUCUGAGUCCCAUCUCCCACCAUUCCACAGAUCUCAUUCUCACAUUCCGAGAACAGCACUCUGUAUUUAUUCAUUUUAAAGCCUGGCUAAUGUUAUUCAGUCAUUUAUGGUUUUAGUACCUGAUACCAAUUAUGUUUUAGCCUUUGAGAUUGACUGAUUACUACACACUUUUUUUUUUUCACUUAAUUUUUUACAUAAAUUUACAGAUCCACCAAUAAACAGACACAAGUCUUUGUGUUUUAUGGGGAUCUUUUGGGAGAAUACGGUACUGUUGGGAAGUUUUUAAUACAACAACUUUUAGUAUGUAUUAAAGCUGUGAAGAAGCUGUUUUAGAAUAAUUCCUAGAGGGAGCUCAAGUUUUAAAACCAGGCCUUGGCCUCCUGACAGCGUGACAGCAUUGUUGUUAUACAGAACACACCUUCUGCUGCCUGCUAUUACAAAUAAAAAGUUGUCUUGUUGA